AGCGUAUUAAGCAGUAGUUCAAAUCGUGUUCUUGACCUCUUGGAUGAACGUCUAAGAUCGCUGUGAAACAUUUGUGUGAACUGUAGUGUUCUUUCGGAUGCUAGAUAGCACUCAUUGUUUAAUCGAUCAGAUCAAUAUUUCCGUUUAGUGAAUGGUCUGGUCUUGCUUGCAACCAUCUUAACCAUGUUUUUGUUCAAGUAUUUUGGGUUUGGUGUAGCUUAAAAAAAGGUCGGUUUACUUAAACCCAAACUAGACAUCGACAACGACCACCCAUGACCCACACCUUCAGUUGGUUUUUUGUUUAAUCUAAAAAAAAAGGAAAAAAAAAUGAAACGAAAGCUGCAAGAAGUCGACGCCGGAGAGAAGCCCGCCUCCUCCCCUUCUUCUUCUUCUGCCAUCGGCACCAGCAUGAACACUACUGACAUAGUUCUGCAGACAUCGUCUCCGAAACUCUCACAGAAGCAAGACUACAUCUUCCAUGGAGGGAGACGCCAUGUGAGGCCGUACUACUUCGAGUUCAUCUCUCAUGUGAAUAAACGCUGGACGGGGAAAACAAUCGUGGACUUGUUCGCUGAUGAAUUCAAAGGCAGACCUCGUGACUACUAUGUUGGUGCAGUCAAGUGUGGAAGAAUCAAAGUUGAUGGAGAAACUGUACCAGUUUCAUAUAUUGUGAGAUCUUCUCAAAAGAUCACUCAUUUCGUCCACAGGCAUGAACCACCGGUGAUGACUGAUGAUGUAGAGAUCCUUGUGAAUGAACCUGAUGUUGUUACUGUCUCCAAACCAGCUUCUAUUCCUGUGCAUCCAUGUGGUCAGUACCGUAAGAAUACAGUUGUUGGAAUCCUUGAUGCUGAGCAUGACCUCGGCCCUCUCUUUCCUAUUCACCGAUUAGACCGUUUGGUUUCUGGAUUGCUCAUCAUAGCAAGAACUGCUGCCAAAGCUGAUUUUUUCAGGAAACAGAUUGAGGGUGGGAUAGUUAAGAAACUUUAUAUCGCAAAAGUUAUUGGCGUGUUCCCAGAAGAUGAGAAAGUAGUCGACGCCAACAUAAAUUAUAACGGUAGUGAAGGAAGAAGCACAGCAGAGGACGCCAAUUCAAGUGGUGAUGAUAAGAAGGUGAAGGGGAAGCCUGCGUGUACCAAGUUCACUAGAAUCGAUACAAAUGGGACUCACAGCCUCGUCUUGUGUGAACCAGUGACAGGACGAACUCAUCAAAUACGAGUGCAUCUACAAUAUACAGGGCAUCCCAUAGCGAAUGACCCACUUUAUCUCAAUCAACAAGUGGAUAAUCUGGAGACCAAGAUUGCAAAAAGAAUUGAUGCGGAUGAGAGAAAGAUGGCAUCCCCAAACGACUAUGUGUAUUCCAGUGAAGACUUCAGCAUUGAUCCAAUGUGCACAAACUGCCCAAAGCUUAUCCCACAAGGGUACGAGGAGCAUGACGAGGCUCUUUGGUUACAUUGCGUUCGAUACUCUGGAACAGGAUGGGAAUACGAAUGUCCUUAUCCAUCUUGGGCAACCCUUUAACCACAUUUUGUUUGCCAUCUCUUAACGGUAAUUCUUAUUACCAACAUUUGUAGCAACAUGAUAUGAUCAAGUUGAUUCAUUAUUGGAUUCAAAGAUUCUCAAAACUUUAUGAAAUGAAGUGUCAUUUGUCAACUAAAA